AUGACGAUCACUAACAAAGCGUUCAUGUACAAGAAGCUGCCGGUCGGCUGGCCUGUCGCUGGGCAAGACCUCACCAUCGAGGACAUUGGCUUCGAUGACCAAGCUCCUCCUCCACCAGGAGGCAUCACUACCAAGAAUCUCUACGCGGCCUUCGAUCCAUCUCAGCGAGGCCGCAUGAGGGACGCGAGCAAGACCAAGUCGUACUCCGCCGCCAUGGAGAUCGGCAAGCCGGUUCUCUCAGUGUCUGUCAUUGGCAAGGUGCUCAAAUCUGACAACGACAAGUUCCCUGAAGGCAGUACUGUUCUUAUUGGGAGCUGGUACACCGAGUCUUACAGUGCUGUGCCAGCGAAGAACCUCGGAGGCAGCAUGCUCGGUGCGGCUAGGCUGAUCCAGCCGAAAGAAGGUGUUCCGCUCACUGCGUACUUGGGCGCCCUGGGAAUGACCGGCAUGACGGCUUAUGGAUCAUUACAUGAGCUCGGGCAGCCAAAGAAGGGUGAGGUCAUCCUGGUGUCCGGAGCGGCUGGCGCGGUGGGACAAGUCGUUGGUCAAAUAGCUGUUCGUGAGGGCCUGCACGUCAUCGGAUCCGUCGGAGACGACAAGAAGAUCGAUUUCAUUACCAAGGAGCUGGGCUUCCAUGCUGGUUUUAACUACAAGAAAGAGAAUUUGUCGGAUGCCAUUUCGCGACUGGCUCCGGACGGAAUCGACAUCUACUAUGACAACGUGGGUGGAGAGCUCCUCGAUACUGCUCUGGUUCAUCUAAAAGACUUUGGACGGAUAGUGGCCUGUGGCGGGAUCUCGCAGUACAACAAUGCUUCACCAGACGAAGCAUACGGCGUCAAGAACUACAUGCAUGUCGUGCGCAAGAGGUUGGCAUGGCGUGGCUUCCUAGUCUUCGAUGAGAACAUCAUGAAGCAUUCCAAAGCCCGAGAUGAGAAUAUCGCGAAAUGGAUAGCAGAUGGAAGCUUCAAGUCCGUGGAUCACAUAACGGACGGUAUCGACAAUGCUGUGGAUGGCUUCUUGGGCAUGCUCAAGGGCGCGAAUCUUGGUAAGAGCUUCGUGAAGAUCCAGGAUCCAUGA